AUGGCGAAUCACCACGCAUCGCCGACCAUGAUGCAGAUGCAGCAGCAUCAGGGCCAGGUCCCUCCUCCUCCGCCACCACCUCCUGGUGUCCAGGCUGGGCACUUCGCGCCUUCGCACCAGAUCGCCGCGAUGAACGAGGCUGUCUGGCUGCAGAUCGGAAGCUUCUCAGAGCUCUUGCGCGUCCCGGACGAAGCCAUGCACGCUUACGAGCGCGCUCUUCAGGCGAAUCCUAACUCGACCCCUGCCAUGAACGCGAUCGGAAUGCUUCUCAAGGGUCGCGAGGCCUUUGACAAGGCUCUCGAGUUUUUCCGCGCCAUCGUCCAGCUCGACCAGAACAAUGGCGAGGCAUGGGGAAACCUUGGACACUGCUACUUGAUGACGGAGAAUCUUCAAAAGGCCUACGAUGCCUAUCAGCAGGCCCUGGUCAACCUCCGAGACCCCAAGGAUCCCAUGCUCUGGUACGGCAUCGGUAUUCUCUACGACCGAUAUGGUAGCUACGACUAUGCCGAGGAGGCCUUCUCCCAGGUUAUGCACAUUCAGCCCGAUUUCGAGAAGGCCAAUGAAAUUUAUUUCCGGCUCGGUAUAAUAUACAAGCAGCAGUCUAAGUACAACCAAAGUCUUGACUGCUUCAAGUACAUUGUCAACUCUCCUCCAGGUCCCUUGACCCAGGAGGAUAUCUGGUUUCAGAUUGGCCAUGUUCAUGAACAGCAAAAAGAUUUUGACAGCGCCAAGGCGGCAUACCAGCGCGUCUUGGACCAAUCUCCUAAUCACGCCAAGGUCCUUCAGCAACUCGGCUGGUUGCAUCACCAGCAGAGCAACACCUAUGAGAGCCAAGACCGUGCUAUCCAAUAUCUCGAGAAGUCUGUCGGCGCAGACAACCAGGAUGCCCAGAGCUGGUACCUCCUGGGUCGGUGCUACAUGUCCCAGCAGAAGUACCCCAAGGCAUAUGAGGCAUACCAACAAGCCGUCUACCGUGACGGAAAGAACCCUACCUUCUGGUGCUCGAUUGGUGUGCUCUACUACCAGAUCAACCAGUACCGUGAUGCUCUCGACGCUUACUCUCGAGCUAUUCGAUUGAACCCCUACAUUUCGGAAGUCUGGUACGACUUGGGUACUCUGUAUGAGAGCUGCAACAACCAAAUCACAGAUGCGCUGGAUGCUUACCAACGUGCUGCCGAACUCGACCCCGGCAACCCACACAUCAAGGCUCGCCUUCAGCUCCUCCGUUCUGGUGGCACUAAUGGAGGUCCCCCACCUGCCGCUCCCCAACCCGCCGAUGUGCACCCGCAGGCUUAUCAGGCCGCGGGUCCUGUCGGACCUCAAUGGGGAGGCUCUACUCAGCAGCCCCCUGCUUCUGGCCCCCCUCCUCCUCCCCAGGGAGCCGGAGAGAACUGGGCUGGCCGCCUCUCCAACAUCAACCCCCCUCCUCAACCCCCCAACCCUUACGAGUCUCGCGGUGAGCCUUUCCGAGGAGGUCCCGCUCCUCCUCUGCAGCGACAGCCGAGUCCUCAGCAGGAGCAGCAGAUGCGCCAGCCUUACAACGAUAUCAAUCGACCUGGACCUGCGCGACGAGGCACUCCUCCCCCUCCCCAGGGCCACCAAUACUCGCAACCUCCCCCUCCCCCUCCCCAAUCUCAGCCCCCAGUUCCCGCCUCUGAGCGCCGAGUUGCCAACCCCAACUGGGGUGGAGCUACACCGUCUGCAUCGGCUCCUCCCUCUAGCAAUGCUAACGGCGCCAACCCUCCUCCUAAUGGUAUGGCCCCUUUCCGACCUACAAACAGCCCUCGCCCAGACGGUCGACUGGUCCACGACAACCGGAUGCCGUCUCCCAAGUCGGCGUAUCCCCAACAUCAGGCACCGCCUCCGCUGUAUCCUCACCACCCGGAAAUGCCAACUCAGGGAGCUCCUGAGAACGGACCUCCUGGCCCCCCUGGCCCCCCUGGCCCCCCCGGACCUCCCGGGCCUCCUGGACCUCCUCAGUCUGUGGCCGAUGUUCCCAUGCAAAGGAUUGACGACCGACCGCCUUCCGUCGGCCCAAAGAGAAUGCGAGAGUGGGAGGAGGAGUCUGUGGCUAAGAAGCAAGCCAACGAUGAAAACCGUGCUCGUCUCGACGACAUGCGCCACCGACGACCAUCUACUCCACCCCGCGAGUCCUACCGCCGCAACUCAUCCGAAGUUCGACGUGCUGAGGACUCGCGCCGAGCGGAAGAGCAGCGUCGCCCUGAAGAGCCAAGACGGGCUGAGGAGCCACCGCGCCAUCCCAGUGACAAUUACCAUCCUUCGGAUGCUGCCCAUCACCCUCCCAGCCAUGCGGCAGGACCUAACCAUCUUCCACCGAUGCAGCAAGGUCCUGCCCCUCUACCUGGAGUUCUUGACAAGCCCCCGGCAGUCCCGACCCCUAAGGAGGAGCGGCCGCAAAGCCUGGAGCAUGCUCCUGCUCCUCGCCCGGCUCCUCCUACUGCUGAACCUGAGAGGGCAGCUAGAAAAAUGGAGGUUGACGAGGACUACGAUGAUAGUGGAGAGGAUGAGAAGAAGGCCGGGAUUGUCGCCAACGGAUCCGGCCCCGGCUCCGCCGCCGGCGACGCGAAAACAUCUACCCCUGUCAGCGCCGCCGUCAAUGGAGUUUCCGGUCCUACACCAAAAGUUGAAUAA